UGUGCAGUUAGAGAGGCUCUCCUUGUUUUUUGUUUCUUGUCUCCAUCACAAAUUUAACUUUUCUUUGUCUUUCCAAAACAAAACUGCAUCAAGAGGGUGCUUUCCCAUUGGAUACUUCAUAUCUGGGAAAUGGAAUAUCCACAGAAAGUCUCUGUUCAGAGUAAUGCCAAUCUUGACAUCAUGAAGUCUGGAAGUCUCCUGAGAAAAGCAACUUCUUACAUGUGGAAAAGACACCGCCACUACAAACUGCAGGAUGAUGGCAAGACCAUCAUGUACAAAUCCAGCUGGGCAAUUAACUCUUAUUCAACCUUCUCUGCAGGUGAUGUAGAGGCAGUGCAAGAGGGCCAUCAGUCUGAAGUGUUCCUCAAUAUGCCAGAUGAAUUCCCUCCAGAAUGUUGCUUCACACUGGUGUUUCGUGGCCGCCGUAAGAACCUGGACCUUGUGGCCUCAUCAGCUGAAGAAGCCCAGGCUUGGAUUCAGGGCAUGCGGAUGCUCAUAGAGAACCUGCAGAAUAUGGAUGAGUGUGAAAAACUUGACCAAUGGAUCUCUGAUUUGUUUAUUAGAGCAGACAAAAACAAAGAUGGAAGGAUAAGCUUUAAGGAGGUUCAAAAACUGCUAAAGCUUAUGAACAUAGCUAUGAAUGAGCUCCAUGCAAAUACUCUUUUCACGAUGUCUGAUAUGAACCAGACAGGCAUGCUGGAUGCAGAGGAAUUUGUCCACUUCUAUAAAAUGCUUACACAGAGGAAGGAAAUUCUGGAGUUAUUCCAGGAAUACUCCAGUAAUGGACAGGCGCUUUCCCACUGUGACCUGGAGGAGUUCCUUAGAGAGGAGAUGCUGGAGGAUGAGAGGAGUCAUGAACAUGCACUUGAGUUGAUCCGCCAAUAUGAACCCUCAGAUACUGCCAAAACCCAUAAACUCAUGUCAGUUGAUGGAUUUCUGAUGUAUCUGACCUCUGCUGAAGGCUCCAUCUUCAACUCAGAACACCAGCAUCUCUAUCAGGAUAUGACGCAGCCUCUCAAUGAUUACUUCAUCUCCUCCUCUCACAACACAUACCUUUUAGAUAACCAGCUGAAAGGGAGGAGCAGCGUGGAAGCAUACAUUAAGGCUUUGAAACGAAGCUGUCGCUGUGUGGAGGUGGACUGCUGGGAUGGCCCAAAUGGAGAACCCAUUGUUUACCAUGGACACACUUUCACAUCCAAGAUUCCAUUUAAAGAUGUUAUCUCCACACUGGCGAGAUACGCCUUUGAGACAUCGGAAUACCCACUCAUUUUAACAAUUGAAAACCACUGCAGCAUUGAACAACAGACAGUCAUGGCUAAGCUCCUGAAGAAUAUCCUUGGUGACAUGCUGCUGAAGACUACAGUAGAUGGAAAGGUGCCCAGUGUGCUGCCAUCACCAGAGGAACUUAAGGGGAAAAUUCUGUUGAAAGGAAAGAAGACUGAAGAACUGGACGAGUGCUCAGACGUCAAUGAUCUAGAAAGCAGUGAUGUGAGUGAUGAAGAUAAGGCUGUGGACAAGGAUACUAAGGCCACAGAGAACAGGAAAUCAAAGGAAAAUCUAUCCAAGGAGCUUUCAGACCUCAUCGUAUACUGCAAGAAUGUUAAUUUCAACAGCUUCCAGCACUCACGCACCUACAGCAAGCCUUAUGAGAUGUCCUCCUUCUCUGAGUCCAAGGCCUGCAAACUUAUCAAAGAAGCUGGAGCUGAGUUUAUUCAACAUAACAGAAGGUAUCUAAGCAGAGUGUAUCCUAGUGGCCUGAGGACAGACUCUUCAAACUAUUGUCCCCAUGACAUGUGGAACGUGGGAUGCCAAAUUGUGGCCUUGAAUUUCCAGACAGCAGGACUGGAGAUGGAUCUCAAUGAUGGGCUCUUUCAUCAGAAUAACCGUUGUGGAUAUGUUUUGAAACCUGAGAUCUUGCGUAGCACUGAAUGUUUUGACCCAGAGAGGCCCACUGACCGGAAGGAUUACUGUCCUCUAAGCCUCACUAUCCAGAUAAUAAGUGGCCAACAGCUCCCUAAAGUAAGCAAAAAAGAGUGGUCCAUCGUAGACCCUUUGGUAAGGGUGGAGAUCUAUGGUCUACCUCUCGACCAGACCCAGCAGGAGACAAAAUACAUUGAAAACAAUGGAUUCAACCCAUACUGGAAUGAAACAUUACAGUUUGUGGUCCAUACACCCGAGUUGGCUAUAGUGCGCUUUGUUGUGGAAGACUAUGACAAGACGUCCAAGAAUGAUUUUAUAGGGCAAUACACACUCCCUUUCUUCUGCAUUCAACCAGGAUAUCGCCAUAUUCAUCUUUUAUCAAAAGAUGGCACUAGCAUUUGCCCAUCGUCUUUGUUUGUGCACAUUAAAAUUAAAAAGGCAUCUUAGACUGUCUUCCAGGAACAUAGUGUGACAAGAAGCAUCCUGGAGAUGCACUGGGAAAUACCUCCACACACAAAAGGCUGUCAUUACUAAAGAAAUCUGUGCUGUUGCAUGUACAUACAUCAUAUUUUAUAAAUCACAAUACAUUACUGUUUUCACCAUUUGCAACUAUUCUGCAUAUAAAGCAAAAUGUACAAACACCAAAGAAACUGUUGUAUUUAGCAAUCAAGUUUUACUGAAAUUGUCUUAAUGUGAAGACUAAAAUAUGCAGUGUAUUUGUGUACAUCAGUGCUUCUUUUAUACUGUAGGAGGCAUUUUGUUCCAUGUGGGUUUUUUUUUUU